UCUCAAUAAUCACAACGGGGUCAGUUCUGAUCCGGAAAGGAAGCAUCCCUGCUCGAUCGUACUCCCAUCCAGCAUAAUGCUGAAGUUAGCGCUAUUCGUUUGUUUCAUCGGACUGGCGGUGUCCUACGACUUUCAGGACCCUUUCUACAAUGAGGUACUGCUGGAGGACAUGCUCGGCGAUUCGGAAGACGGUGUGAUGCUGUCGCGUUUCCGUCGGUCAGCAUCGGACUCGCUGGACGAUAAGUGUAAGCGCCGCUACAAAUGCUGUAACGAUGUGAACACGGAGAAUCUCGACAAGAUCAAAGAGGUGAAGAAGCAAUGCUUCACCGAGGUACGCAACAAGAACAAGGCUGAUAAGACUUACGAACCAGUGGAUAUGUUCUCUUGCGAGCGACUGAACAACACGAAGAUGGAAGUGAUCUGUGCCAUGGAGUGUACUGCCCGCAAGAAGGAGAUACUGAAUGAGGAUGGCACCCUGAUGGAGGACAAACUGUUAGAAUUCUCCCGUACCAACUUUGCCGCUGACGAAUGGCAACAGCCACUGUUGGCCGGCUUUAUCGAGACGUGCCUGAAGGAGGCCAAGGAAAAGGUUGCCAAGAACCCUCGUCAACCUGGCCAGUGUAAUGCGGAGACGUCCCACUUCGGGUACUGCAUGUGGCGCCAGGUAGUCCUGGCGUGCCCGAAAGAUAAGCAAGAAUCCACUAAACGUUGCGAGCGAAUGCGGGAGAAGCUGGCCAAUAACGAACCAGUACACUACUACAAGGCUGAACUGGAUGAUGUUGCCGUGGUGCGUAUCACCCAGCAAGGACUAUCCCACAAACACUGCUAUUCCACCGAAACGCCACCUCCAAUCGUGGAGUUACCCGGUCUGGGAAAACUAAAAGGCUCCUACACCAAAGGCGCCUGGACCGGUGUCCCGAUACAGCAAUACCUGAACGUUCGCUACGCCGAACCACCAAUCGGCCGGAACCGUUUCAAGGCACCGAUAGCAGUGCAACCGUGGGAUGGAGUUCAGGAUGUGUCACAACGUGGCCGACCAGCACCCAGUUACAACGAAAUUAAGAAACUUCCAAAAGAACAACAGACGAUCGAACUCGAAGAUUGCAUUAGUCUCUGCGUCUACACGAAAGACCCGACUGCCAAGCGCCCCGUUGCGGUGUACAUUCAUGGUGGAGGGUUCUACAGCGGAAGCGCAGCGCAACAUCCACCGGAGUAUCUGCUGGAGAAGGACAUUGUACUCGUCGUACCACAGUACCGGCUGGGUGCUCUCGGUUUCCUCUCUACCAUGACCGACAACAUACCUGGAAAUGCGGCCAUUAUGGAUGUGCUGUUGGCAUUCGAGUGGGUCCAAAAGUACAUCUCAAACUUUGGUGGCGAUCCCGAACAAGUGACGGCCGUGGGGCAAUCGGCUGGUGCCGGCAUUCUGUCUUCGUUGCUCUUCAGCCCAGCGCUCAAGGAGUCUUACUUCCAGCGAGUCAUUCUGCAAUCGAGUGCCGCUUUCGGUAGCUGGCAGUUCGAUCAUAAUGGUGAGCGUAAUGCUCGCGAUAUCGCUCGUCGUGCCGGUAUCGAUCCGAAGGCACCACUCGAGCAGAUUGACCAGUUUUUGCAAGAACUCGAUACCUACUCGCUGCUCAAAGCGUACAUGCAACACUAUUGGCAGGGGUUGCCAAAAGGUAUCAACAACACGGGAGGACGCAUGACAAUCGGCGGUCCCUCGAAGCUCUUUCCCGCGACACCGUAUCAGGUGAUGAAGGCCGGCGGUGGGCGGCAAAAUAUUCCGAUGCUUACGGGCGUGGUGAAGGACGAGGGUACGUUCGCACUAGUCGAUGUCUUCACUAUUCUUACCGCGAUGAAGCUACACGAUAAGAAGGAUUUCCUGCGCUUCGAUGUGAUUGAGGAAAUCCAACGGAUUCUCGGAACGGUGGAGGUUUCCUGUUCCGUCACACCGUUGGCCGUGAAAAGUAUGCUCGAUACGGAGGCGGCAGCGAAUGGAGACAUCGCGAAGAUGAUUCCUGGAUUGAUCGAUCUGUGUGGAAUGCAUCUGAUCAAGUCCAGCGUACUACGUUUGGCCCAGUACAACAGUAGACACACUCCAGAGGAAACAUUUGUCUACUCGUUCGACUACCGUGGGGAGCAUACCCGCUUUGGCUACGACCAGGACGUACGCCAUGUUCCGUUUGAUGGUGGAGUGCAUCAUACGAACGACCUGCUAUACCUGUUCCCUUACCCACCGAAUGCGGCCACGCUGAAUGAACGGGACACGGUUAUGGCGAAGCGUAUGGUUGACCUUUGGACAUCAUUUAUCAUCGAUGGUGUCCCCUCAUCGCAAGAUGUUCCCCAUUGGCCGGCCUUUAAUCAAAUAUUCGGUCCCUAUCUGCACCUCAACGAAACGGUCACCGUUGGCAAUAACUUCUUGGACGAGUUCACCGUCAAUGCCGAUGCCGCACGACAAAAGAGACAGCAACGCACCCAGGCAUCGACAGUGCCCGGAAACGAUAGCGAUGCCUCAGCCCAUCGGCACAGCUUAAGCCAAGAGAAUCUUCCGCCACAGCAGCAGCAGCAGCAACAACAACAGUAUUCGUCAGUGGGUUCGGAGAUGGAUCCGCCAUCAGAAAAUCCCCUGGUCGAGCUACCAGGUUUGGGAAAGUUACGUGGUUCAACAACUCGUGGUGCGUGGACCGGUGUCGGAAUCUAUCAGUUUUUGAACGUUCGCUACGCCGAACCAGCGACCGGUGUGCGCCGUUUUAAGCCUCCCGUUCCGGCGGCACCGUGGGAUGGUGUAUUGGACGUUUCAAAGCCCAAACUUGGCGCUCCAGUGUACAAGCGCAUGAAGGAGCAAACUGAGGAGCAGCGAGCGGAAAACCUCGAGGAUUGCAUCAAUCUCAGCGUCUACACAAAGGAUCUGAACGGUCGGAAACCGGUCAUCGUGUACGUGCAUGGUGGUGGAUUCUACGAUGGUGCCAUCUCGCACUAUCCACCGAACUACAUUAUGGAGAAGGACGUGGUCCUCGUGGUGCCCCAGUAUCGUCUCGGUGCGCUCGGUUUUCUCUGCUCGAAUACGAAGGAAAUUCCGGGCAAUGCGGCCAUUAUGGAUAUUGUGCUAGCUUUCGAGUGGGUCCAGAAGUACAUUUCCCACUUUGGUGGUGAUCCGACGCAAGUAACGGCGAUGGCACAAUCCUCCGGAGCGGCCAUGUUGUCAAGCAUUACCUACAGUCCGCUGAUUGAUUCUGAGCGGCUGUUCGGGAAGUGUAUUCUACAAUCAGGCAACUGCCAUGCCUCGUGGGUUUGGGAUCGUACACCGGAACACAAUUGCCGUGAUAUAGCCGGGUUCGCAGGAUUCGAUCGAAAGGCCCCACUGGCGGACAUCGAACGGUUCCUUAUGGAACUAGACAUUUUCAACCUGAUGAAAGCGUUCACCCAGCAUUACCGCCUUCGAACACCGAACGGAACGGAUACGAUCGGUGGUGCCCGCAUGGUGUUCAACGAUCCAAAUGGGCUCUUCCCGGAGAUUCCGUAUCGGAUUAUGCGGAAAGGUGGUGGUCGUAAGAAUAUGCCCCUGCUGACCGGUGUUACGCGCCACGAUGGGACGUUCGCGUUCCUGGAGGUUUUUAAUAUUCUGUUGUUCAAGAAGCUGGUUGGUGGUCCUCCUAUUCCCAUCCAUCAAUUGUUAGACGAGAUAUACAAGAUACUCGGAGUUGACGAUCCAACCUGUACGGUCCGUACGCUGUCCAUGGCAAAGUUGUUUACCCAGGAGCAGCUCACAUCCGGUGAUUUGCGGCAGCUGUUGCCCGGAUUAUGUGAUUUCACUGCGGACGUAUUGUUAAAAGGGCCCGUGUUAAAGAUGGCACAAAAUAAUGCCACGUAUCUACCGGAGCAGACGUAUCUGUAUAGUUUCGAUUAUGCCGGAGAACAUACGCGCUUCGGGUACGGUGGAGACACCUCGGCCAUACCGUUCGAUGGCGGUGUGCACCACUCAAACGAUUUGAUGUACCUUUUCCCUUACCCACCGACGGCGGCCAAUUUCAAUGAGCAAGACACGAUCGUUGCCAAGCGUAUGGUGGACCUGUGGACAUCGUUUGCCAUCAAUGGAAAACCGGAGGCAGAAGGUGUACCGACGUGGCCAGCGUUUAACAAUGUUCUUGGACCGUACCUUAAGAUCGAUAAGCAGUUUACGGUAGGAAAGGAUUUCCGGGAUGAAUUCACCGCGGCCAUCCAGAAUCCUUCUGAGGUGCAAAAGAAGCCAUCCAAACGAUAG